AUGUCUGUGAAGAUUACCGAUAGGAAACAAGCGCUUGAUUUGAUAGUCGACAAAUACGACUACUUCUUAUUUGACUGUGAUGGAGUCAUUUGGCUUGGUGAUCAUCUAUUACCAUCGGUUAGCGAAACCUUGGAGUACCUCAGAUCCAAGAAUAAGACAAUCAUCUUUGUCACGAAUAAUUCUACAAAGUCGCGAGAGGACUACUUGAAGAAGUUUGAGAAAAUGGGCAUCAAGAAUGUGAAUAAGCUGGAACUCUUUGGAUCUGCUUAUGCUACAGCAAUAUAUAUAGACAAGAUUCUCAAGUUGCCCAAGGACAAGCAUGUGUGGGUUUUGGGAGAAGAAGGUAUUGAGACCGAGUUGAAGGAAGUUGGGUACAAGACGCUUGGUGGAACAGAUGCCAAGUUGGAAGAAGACGGGAUCAAUUUCAAUCCAAACAAUCCCAUCUUGGAUAACUUGGACUCGCAGGUGGGUGCUGUGGUGUGUGGGUUGACAUUUAAAAUCAAUUAUCUCAAACUCUCCAUGACGAUGCAGUACUUGCUCAAGGAUAACAAGACGCUCCCUUUUAUUGCAACAAAUAUUGAUUCUACGUUCCCCAUGAAGGGUAAGUUGUUGAUUGGUGCAGGUUCGGUUAUUGAGAGUGUUGCAUACGCAAGUGGCAGACAGCCCGAUGCUAUAUGCGGUAAACCCAACCAGAGUAUGAUGGAUGCUGUUAAAGCGCAGUUACCGGGAUUGAAAGAGAACCCAAAGCGAGGAUUGAUGGUGGGGGACAGGUUGAAUACCGAUAUGAAGUUUGGUAGAGAUGGUGGAUUGGAUACGUUAUUAGUGUUGACAGGAAUUGAAACCGAGGAGAAUGUCAAGUCGUUGAAGGCAGGCGAAGCACCAACUUAUUAUGCUGAUAAAUUGGGUGAUUUAUACGAAUUCACUCACUAG